GGAAAAGCAGCACGGCGAGGAAAACUCGAGAGCUUUCCGAAUCCUUCCUUGUAUGCCAUCAACGGCCGCCGCGGCGCCGCUGGUUUUCUUUCUUCUCGCCCAAGCCGCCGCCGGCACACCAAACCGGCAGCUGCUUGGUCGCCGGGGCCGACGACCCUGGAAUAAAUUACGAAGCAGCGCCGCGGUCUCCAGGUAGUAACAGCUUCCUGCGAGCCACAUCUCCCCCGCGUGCUGUUGGUUGGAUUGGAUUGGAUCGGAUCGGCAUGGAGAAGGAAGCCAAGACGCCGCGGCCGGUUUGCGCGCAGGAGGCGCUGGCGCUGCUAAACUGCGCCGCGGAAAACCCCUACGACCGCGACAAGUGCCUCUCCCUCCUCGAGGCGCUCCGGGGGUGCAUCGCCCAAAAGAAAGUGAAGAAAUUUUCGUUGGCUGAAGCAGGCUCCACCGGCGCCACGGAAGCUCCAAAAGGCAAAUAGAAGCCUGUGAUGUUUCAGUGCCACUUACAUAACAUGUUCUAGGCCAUACCGGUUUAGUGUUGGAUCUGUCGUUUGAAGGUUCAUUCCAGAUUUAGAUUUCUAAACCCUGCCCCCCUCCCCCCAACAAUAAAAUCCAAUAUGUUUUAUUGUCCAGUUGUCGACUGGAGAUUAUAUGUAAUUUUUGCAUUUGAGCAGACAAGGAUGAAUGUAGUAUCGCCAGAUUUGCUGC